AUGUUAUUGAUCAAAACUGAAUACGGUGUGCAAAAGAUUUAUUUACAAUUACUUGUUAUGGUGACAUUGCAUACGAUGAACUAUCCUGAUUUGUUUACCAAUCUGCCGUAUACAUUAGAUACAUGGUAUGGUAUGAAGAAAAUACUUUUUAAGUUAUUAUCUAUCAAACACAAUCUAUCUUCAUCGUCUAAACAAAGAAGCAUUGAGAAAGACGCUGUUGUUCAUCAAUAUACUCAACAUUCCGAAGCAUCAUCGAACGUAGUUCAUUCAUUAUGGAAGGAAGAAAGUAAUAGUCAAGAGAAACAUACCGGUUGUUCCCUGAAAACAAAGACCAAUCAUCAAAAUAGUCAACAGACAAGUUCGAAUUCGAAUAUCGAUGAUUUUACCAAUGCCAACAGUUUUUCAUCUAAUCAACUGAUAUCUCCAAGACCAUUCAUACUGCACAACUUCAAGUAUCAGCAACGAUCUAUUCAUCUAAAUCAAGACAAGAAUCUGGUUGAAUACGACAUUAAUUCCUGGAAUGAAAAUCAGAAUAAGAAGUCCUCAACAUCGGUCGAAUCAGAAGAAUCCAAAGAGAAAGACGAUGAAUUAAAAAUACGAGAAUUAGUGAACAAUGUUCGAAGGGAUAUGAAUGCACUGGUCAAUGGCGAACAAAACGAUCCAUCGAUUGUAUCUGCUGAUGAAAGUUCUCGGACGAUGCGAUCGAGCAAUCGGAAUAUUAAUGCAUCAAGAUUGAAAAAGAGUCGAAAGCCGAACAUAAAACAGAAAAGGAGGCGAAAACAUCAGGUUAAACGACCGCACAAGUCCAGACGUCUAAAGAAAAGACCAUCGAAAAAGAAAGCAAAAUCUAAAAAAGUCAGAAGAAGAAAACAAUCAAAAUCGAGGAAAAAUAAAGCAAAAAAGAAAACAAAAUCAAGAGCAAGAAAACCAGCGAAAUCGAAAAGAUCAGCAAAGAACAGCAAAAAACACACAUCACGAUCGAUGAAAAAGAGAAAAGCUGUACCAAAACCCAGUAUGAAAGUACCAGCUGAGCUACCACAAUGUAACAACUGUUGUUGUAAUUUCCUCCAUUAUUCUCUGCGGCAAAUCAUGCGUGAUGCAGAACAAACCAAACAGUUUGCAUUAAACAUGGCAUCAAUGGGAAUUAAUCCUUCAGUAUUGAAAGACCCUAAUAUCACUUCAUGUCAAGGUAUUUCCAUCCCAUUGUACAAUUGUGAAGGCAUAGGCGAUCAGCGCUUUCCCUCGGGAGCAACAUUUACAACAAUUUCUAAAAACGAACAAGAAGAUGUUUAUCAAAGAAGAGAUCCAAUGGUUGUGCAAACUAUCAAUACUCAACGUGGCAAACUUCACAUUAAACUAGAUCCUCAAUCAUUUGGUUUAGCCCCAUUCUUUUCUCAACAAUACGAAGCAUUCAUCAAAGGUUCACCGAAUUCAACUUUCCUGAAACAUUAUACUAAAACAUUUGGAAAAUAG